AUGGUACCGGAAAUGCCUUACACUUUAGUGCAGUGCCGCGCUCUGUCAGUGAUGGCGGCGCCGUACCUCGCCGUGGUCGGCCUGGCAGUGGCGUGCUACACCAAUUCCCUGUUCGGCGAGUUCGUGCACGACGAUAUCGUGGCCGUCGCCCGCAACCCCGACGUGCUGGGCAGUUCCGGGUUCGGGCAGCUGUUCGCCAACGACUUCUGGGGCACUCCGCUUAGCGAUCCCCGCAGCCACAAGUCGUAUCGGCCUCUUACCACGCUGUCUUUCAGGUUUAACUGCUGGCUCUGUGGUCUGCAGCCGGUGUGGUUCCAUGGCGUCAACGUGUUACUGCACGCCGCCUGCUGUCUGCUUUUCACUAGACUGGCACUUGUCAUUGCAGGCCUGGACACGAAGUUUGCCACAAUCGCUGGCUUACUCUUCGCUGCUCACCCUGUUCAUACGGAGGCGGUGGCAGGCGUGGUGGGAAGAGCCGACGUCCUAGCUUGUCUUCUCUUCUUGCUCUCGUUUCUCAUUUACCACGAUGAUGGCUGGCAUUUGAAGAGCAACAAAAGACUCUUGUGCAGCUGCCUACUGGCGGCGAUGUCUAUGCUGGCCAAGGAGACCGGCCUUACCGUGCUCAUGGUAAAUCUUCUGUACGAUCUCUACAAGAGUUGGCCACACCUCAAAGGUGCAUUACUGGAAGUUCGGUGGAAUGAAGAAAGCAGAAGAUUUUCGAGAAGAGCUGUAAAGAUUUUAAUGGUGGCCUGUGUUUUGUUGGCAUUCAGACUGGCAAUGCUGCAAGGCUCCCUCCCUAAGUUCUCAAGCCAGGACAACCCCACCGCUUUCCAUCCUUGCUCCUACGUUCGGCUACUGACGUUCUGCUACCUUGCGGCAUUCAACUGGUGGCUGCUGCUCUGCCCAUCCACGCUGAGUCACGACUGGCAGAUGGGCUCCAUCCCUCUAGUCACAUCCCUGGUUGACUGCCGUAAUCUCACUACCGCUCUGUUCGUCACCUGCUGUCUGCUCCUAGCCUACCGUUGUGCUGCUGAGUUUGAGAGCCAACGCCAUGCGCCCUUGGUGUUAGGAUCACUGUUGCUGGCAGUGCCUUUUCUACCUGCUACUAACCUGCUCUUCACCGUGGGCUUUGUUGUUGCUGAGAGAGUUCUCUACAUACCUAGCCUAGGCGCUGUUCUCUUGGUGUGUUAUGGUGCUCAACAGCUGCACAAGACCUGUCCACCUCGGCACCGUACCGCCAUCUUUGUCAGUCUCCUUCUUCUUGGUGCGUCUUUCUCGGGCAAAACUAUUGACAGGAACAAAGCCUGGUCGACUCGGGAGUCUUUGGUUCGAGCAGGGAUCAAAGCGCUACCUCACAACGCCAAGAUGCACUACAACCUUGCCAACCACCUCAGAGACUCCAACAGUCCUGACCUGGCUAUCUCUCACUACAGGGAGGCUCUCAGGUUAUGGCCGGGGUACGCGAGCGCCCACAAUAACCUGGGGACUUUGAUGAGCUCAGCGAGUGAAGCCGAGACUCAUUUCCGGUCCGCUAUAACCAUCUCACCUUCACACGUCAAUGCUCACUACAACCUGGGCCAAGUCUACAGAAAAAUGAAUCGCACGCUGGAGGCUGUAGCAAUGCUGGAAAGAUGUCUGCGGCUAGACACGUCCUACAGUCCCGCCUACCUGGUACUCGCCAAACUUCACCCUCCGCCAAUAGCUGCGCGGCUGUUACAUCACGUGACUAGACUGCUGCCCAACGCUAUAGAGUACCAGACCUACUUUGCAGACUGGCUGCACGCUCGAGGAAUUAUUCUGGAAGCUCAAAAAUUUUAUUUGCGAGCUCUCAGACUGCAGAACAAUCACCUGACCUCUUUCCUGGGGGUUGCUCGUUGUCUGAGAGCCAGAGGUCAGGUCGCCAGACUACAUCAGUUCCUGAUCAGGUGGUACCUGAUGCACCAAGGUAGCCAAGGAAGGGGACGGCUUGUGUACGCUGCAGAGUUGUACGUUAGAACCUGGGACCUCUACAAACCCAGCCAGACCACCAGUUUUAACUCAAAUCAGAAUGUUGAAGUGACGAAAGAGAAGAGAUCGUGGUGGCAAGGACUAGGGGCUGUCAAUCGCACAAGACCUGCCUGUACCGGUCUCCCAUACUCGCCAGAGAUUCAGAAGAAUUACAUGAACGGAGAGUCCAAUCUCGACCCGGCAAUGUUCUGCGUCGAACAGUCCGAGCAGCAGCCUGACAGGUAGUCGUUCAGCAGAUGCCGAGGAACAAACUUGCGUCAGCACUCAGCGUGCUAAACCACUAGUACCCAGCCUUUACAACACAGCAAUAGUUCAGGGGCAGCACCCUUUGUACAUAUAUAUACUACAGGGUAGUAGUUGGAUAACAAGAAUGGAAACUUAAAACAAACACAAUUUCUCAAUAAGAUUGAUGCCAUGUCAACUCAAGGUUAAUAUAAUUGUUAACAUUUAAACGAAUGAAUUUAGAAUGCACACUUACACACUUAGUAUUAAAAUUACAUUUUAAAAUAUAUAUUUUAAUAUUUAUCUUGGCUUUGACAUUGAUUUUACGUUAUAAAUUUAAAUUUAAUCAAAUUUAAACUAAAUUUAGGUCAUGCCCUUUUACUGUAACUAUGAUAGUUUAUUUGCAUUGACUAAAAGUCAACAAAAGACAUUUUAUAACUAAAUUCAAUAGUUGUUAGCCAUUAAGAAGCUAAAUAAAAAUAAAGUAUAUAAUUUUAUUCAGUAUGUAAUUCAAUAUUUUCAAAAUAAAUGUAUUUUUGUGUUUAAAAACUUUUAAAGUAAGCUUGUAUUUCAUUACAAAAAGUCUACUAGGAAUUUUGAAGAAACGACAUGAAUUAUUCACACCAUUGAAAUAUUAUAAAAAUUAUUUUUGUACAUAAUGUAGAGGUACGUGAUUUAAUCAACUAAAGGGAUCUAAUGGUUUCAUAAAUACUAAAUAGUCUACGGUCAUUGGAUUUUAAUAAACAAUAAAUUAUAGUUCAUAACAAUUUACCAUCCCAUAAAAAACUGGUUAAAUAUUUUUGACGUUUUUUGAAUUGUUUGCAUUUUACCAAAUAUGUUAUCUAAUUGCUAUUUUGCACCGUUUUGUGCCAAAUAUAAAACACUGUAAUUUUUCUGUGACCAAAAUAUAAAGCAAUGUUGUUAUACAGACUGUGAAAAAUUUGUGACCAGAUGUGUAAAGUAAUACUAGUUGGACGGAGUUAACUGGAGACACUAUAGUGAUGCUUUGAUACUGUAAAUUAUUUGAAGUUUGAAGCAAAAUAUCAUAGCUAUGCGUUUUUAACUAAACAUGUGAUGUAGUCUAUCAUUGUGGUAUAUUUGACCAAUGUUUUUAUACCUGUAGUUUUUCAAAUCAAUGUAAAUAAAUAUUUCAAUACAAUAUUAUGGACAAUA